CUUCGAAACAGCCAUCUUAGGCUAUUUUGGAUAGACAAUGGUAAUUAUGUCAGAGGAGUGAUUAACGUUAAAGCAAAUCUAGGAGUCUCAACAUUACGCACCUCCGAUAGCCUGUGUUAGACGUCAAAUAGGCUAGUGCCAUCAAGGUGCCAGAAAUGAACACAUCGAGUUUUAAAACUGUCCUUUCAUUAUACAAAUACGCACGACCAAAAUACUUUUAUAACUCUUGAGCCAGAUUAUUUAUGUGAUCUUUAGGGUUGUGGCGGUUGGCAACCCAAUCAAUGAAUGUGAUCUCAAAGGCGAUGCACGUUUGCACCUGCUCCAACACGCGUAGCCAACCUGUUGCCGCCCACAAAUGCCCGUAUGUUUGUCAAAGAAUACACACAUUUAGCUAGGAUAAGGAAACGAACGAAUUUUUGGCAAACGAGGAAACUGCCAUAUUUUUAGACUACCUUUCUCAUGGUCAUAUACUUCAUCUUCUUCGUCUUCAUCUUUGUCCAUUAAUGACCACACACCUUUUAUCUUGUGAUUGGUGGUCAAAUCAAGCUUCAAAUCUUAAGGUCAAGAUCAAACCGAGCCUAAGGGCGCAUAAAGUUCUGUAGACUUCUCCGUACGCACCAAACCUGAUAUGUGAUUUAAAAUGUGAGAAUGUGACAUAUUUUCAAUGAAACAAUUACAAUAAAUAUUCACAGUAACACAUUCGCAAGAGUAGGUAGGCUAUGGCUAUUCAAAAGAGAUCAAAUUGGGCUUUUAUGAACCCUCAUUCCGAUUCAACCAUUCAUAGACUACUUUGGAGAUAGUUGAAAACAGGUCGAUUCGAGCAACCCCAAACAACUCAUUGGUCAGAUCUGAGUGCAGGACUGCACUCACGUGACACCUGACUGAUCAUUUGGACGAUCGUGCUUCUAGGUGAGCCUCUCUAAACCUGUCUGCGUACAAAGAGGGGAUUCACCAUGCCCCCUUCUGCACCCACAAACCUGGACUAUACUCCGCCAGACGGAGGUUGGGGUUGGGCAGUGGUCUUCGGCUCCUUCAUAUCGAUCGGCUUUUCCUACGCCUUCCCCAAGUCUCUGACCAUCUACUACAAAGAGAUCCAGGAGUACUUUUCAGCCACCUACAGUGAGAUCGCAUGGGUCUCGUCCAUCAUGCUGGCUGCCAUGUAUGCAGGAGGGCCGGUGAGCAGCGUCCUGGUGAACCGGUACGGCAGUCGACCCGUGGUCAUGAUCGGAGGGGUCAUGGUUGGAGCCGGAAUGGUGGCCUCCUCGUUCGGAACUACUAUUAUGCAUUUGUACAUCUGCGUUGGAAUCAUCGGAGGUUUUGGCCUCUCGUUUAACCUGCAGCCUGCCCUCACCAUCAUUGGGAAGUACUUCCAGGUCAAGAGGCCCAUGGCGAACGGCUUGGCCAUGGCAGGAAGUCCAGUGUUCCUGUCCACUCUCGCUCCUCUCAACCAGUUCCUGUUCGACAGCUUCGGCUGGAGAGGGAGCUUCCUGAUCCUGGGCGGCUUCGUCAUGAACUGCUGUGUGGCCGGCGCCCUGAUGAGACCCAUCGAGGUCAAGCCGCGAGCGAGUCCAGCCACGUCGGCCAACGGGGCCCCAGGCGAUAAAGAGCAGAGCCCCGGCGCCAGAAGCCCAGCGAACAAGAGAGGGUGCGCAGGCAGGGUCAACCAGUUCAUCGACCUCUCGCUGUUCAAGCACAGGGGCUACCUCAUCUACCUGGUGGGCAACGUGGUCUUGUUCUUCGGCUUCUUCGCGCCCGUGGUGUUCCUGGCGCCGUACGCUAAGCACAUGCAGGUGGACGAGUACUCGGCCGCCCUCCUGCUGUCCAUUUUCGCGCUGGUGGACAUGUUCGCCCGCCCCAUCACGGGCCUGGUGGCCAACACCAGGUGGGUCCGGCCGCGCAUCCAGUACUUCUUCAGCUUCUCUGUGGCGUAUAACGGGCUGUGCCACGUGCUGUGCCCUCUGGCCAGCGGGUAUGGAGGGCUGGUGGUGUACGCCGUCUUCUUCGGGGUGGCGUUCGGCAUGCUGUGCGCUCUACUCUUUGAGGUGCUGAUGGACCUAGUCGGAGCGCAGCGCUUCUCCAGUGCGGUUGGACUGGCCACCAUCAUCGAGUGCGCCCCCGUUCUCCUGGGCCCCCCCAUCUCUGGUGCCCUGGUGGACCUGUUCCAUGAUUAUAAGUACAUGUACUACGCCUGCGGGGUCAUGAUGCUGGUCCCAGGGAUCUUCCUCUUCAUCAUGAACUACUUCAACUACAAGUGGCUGGCACAGGAGGCGCAGCAGAGCCAGCAGCAGGAGGACGAGGAGGAGGCCGGGGCCAUGGAGGAGCUGAGGAGCAGCGCUGAGAACAAGCCGGAGGAGACGCUGGGGUAGGGAGGAGGAGACGCUGGGGUAGGGAGG